UCAUGCUGCUGCCAGGUCCAGAGUCUCUCAUGGGUCCCUGUACGGCCUCCCAUUGCUGCUGUCUCCAUCGCCACACUCUGCCAUGUGCCACUUUCAGGUCUCCUCACACACUGCUGGUGUGUUGAAUUUUUUGACAUAGGGUGCUGGCAGAUUACGGGCCUCCCAUAGCUGCUGCCAGGCCCCUAAUCUGCCAUGGGCCCCUAUAUACCGCCUCCUCAUGCUGCUGCCAGGUCCAGAGUCUCUCAUGGGUCCCUGUACGGCCUCCCAUUGCUGCUGUCUCCAUCGCCACACUCUGCCAUGUGCCACUUUCAGGUCUCCUCACACUGCUGGUGUGUUGAAUUUUUUGAC